AUGAGUAUUCCUAGCUAUCGAACGAAUAUCUCCGAUAGUCAAUUGGUUCCAUUUUCCGUUCCGCAGACAGGAUUGAUACCCGGGGCCAUUGUCAAGGUAGCAGGCGAAGUCGAUGUGAUUGAGAUAUUGGCCAACAGAGAUGAGAAUGAGGCGAUCGAAGCUGUCAGGAAGACUGCAAUUGCGACCGCUAUAGCGAAUGGGGCAGACGAACAGGAUGUCAAGAUCGUCAAGAUCAAGAAGAUCCCGCUUCAGUAUGUGACCAACAAAGCCACGAGGUUUGCCAUGAAAGCCGUCGGAAGUCUUCGGGCCAGGGACGAUGCCGUUCAGAAUGGCUUCGCUAACGGAACAAUCGCCCAAGCGCAGGAAGUGGAUGAUGACACGACGCAAGAGGCGACGGAAACCCGAGGCGACAGACACGCAGAGCUGCCCGACUUCGAAAGCACCGUGAGCGAGUACCAGAUCCUGACGGAUUCGGAGAGCUCGACUCGCCGAAUAGCGAAGUCUCAGAAGAUGAUUCCCCCGAAGGAGGUAGGAGCUCAAGCUCGCACAGUCGUGAUCCUUUCGUGGUCUUGCUCAACAUGCCCCUGCCUGGUGCGCCGCGUGUAUCAAAACGUGGGUAUGAUCAAUUAUGUUUUCUUGAUGCCUGCACGGCACGUCCAUCAUUUCGGUGCGCCACACCAAGGCCCUGGCCCUUUGAAGGGACCAAAUCCUGGGGUGUUGUCUUGGGCUAAAAGCUCCCCAGCUGGCUUCUUGGUCGCUGGCUUCUUGGUCACGAUGGCCAAGGCCAAGGACUUCAUGAUUGGCCAAGCUGUGAAGACCCGUCGAGGGCACCGCAUGAUCUCUCGAGAGGCUUCCAGAAUCGUUGCAGCUGGAGUUCUCGCGGGAGAGCUCAGUCUCUGUAGCGCCUUCGCGGCCGGCCAUCUGGUCAUGGCACACGUGGCACACAACCGCAGGACGCGAUCGACGUGUUCAAGCGGUCGCUCAGCAUCAUCAGUGAAUACGCACCGGCAGACCCUCAAGCAUCUCAACCGGCCCAUCCGCGCCGCCUCGUAG